UUCAUAUCCAAAUUAUGGAAAAGAUUUAACAGAAGUUGAAUUAUGGACAUAUGCUAAUAUGAUGAUAGCUUCAAUUAAUCCAUCUUUGAAAGCAAAUAUAUUUAACACAAAUAACAUAUUUGAUAGUGACGAGUCUUAUAUUUUAUGUCAAAAUACUCUCUUUUCUGUUUUUAAUUCAGUGAAUUCUAAUACAUUUAUAGCUUCUGAAACAAAACUUAACAUUGAAGAUAUAGCAGAUCUUACAUUACCUUUGUUUAAUUUUAAUAACACAGAAUUAUAUUAUGAAAAUUUGAAACUACAAUCUAAACUAGCAUCAAGCAAAGGUCAUAGAAACAUAAACUUUGAAGCAUCAAAUAUUGUUGAUGAG